AUGGCGUCGGGCUGGAAGCAGGAGCUCCGGCAGUACGUGUUUCAGAGGCGCUCGGCCGGGAAGGGGUUUGACGAGCAGCUGGCUCGCGCCGUGCUGAAGAACCCUGCGUCUCCCGCCGCGUGGUUGGCGUUCAUCGCCAAGGAGGAGUCGGAGUGCGCUCGGGAGGCGUCGAAUGAGGGAACGGUGCCCGCGGCGGGCGCCAGCGGUCUGCUGGAGCAGCCGGUCUCUCACCUGUACAGGAGCGCAAGGAAGGCUGUUCCCUUCGGCCCGAACCAGGGCGAUGCCGCCUACUGGGACCUGCACAUCGGCCACGCCAGGCACAAGUGGAGGAGAGACAGGGUUGAGGCCCGGAUCCAGUUCAAGGACCUGAUCUACAACAGCAGGGGCCGGUAUGCGCCUGUGUUCCUGGAGUUCGCGGGGCUGGAGGCCGCGUCGGGGGACGCGCCCAAAGCGCUGGCGACGCUGGCGAAGGGGUUGGGGCGCAAUGCUGCCCCAAGGGAGUUGCUGGAGACGGCCAAGUCCGAUAUGGAGAACGGUCGCUAUGCUUACAGUCCUUGGAUCAGCGCAGCCGCAGCCGGGGUGGAUUGGGGGGGAGAGACUUCAGUGAGUACCCAACCUCGCAGCGGUCGACGACAGCAACAGAGUGCCUCCUUGACGUGUGUCGACAUGCCAUUGGUCGCCGGCUGCGAUGGCCCUGACACCAAGCAUAUGGGAAUGUCCGGUCCUGAGAGGUCAGGCCAGGAUUCGUUGAUGGCAAAAGACAUGCAGCAGCCUUCUCCCUACAAACUGGGUUCUGUUGAGGGCGACAUGCUGGGUUCGAAUGACAACACUGUGGAAAAUGCAACGACGACUGCGACAAUGCUGUUGUCGUGGGCCACGAACCGCCGCAAGGUGCAAGCUAGGCGGUUAAGUGCCUUUGGGGGAGCCCAACGUGUUGCGAAAUCCUGGUCAGAGCCAAACAGUGGGGAGACAGGAGCUGAGGGCCAAGGGGUGAAACGCAGGUUGCAGGGAGAUGAUGCAGAUAGUCAGUAUACAGGCAUUGACAUGCGUGCAAAAAAGCCCAAAGUGCAGGAAGAGGGCGCUGAUGCUGUUAAGAGUGGCGAGGACGCCCAGGCAGGAACCAAUCACACUGAAUUCUCUGCGUUCCAGCAGCCCCGCAUGCACGUGGUGAAUAGGAGCACAGGCCCAAUCGAUUCUGGUGUGGAUUCAAGAGUUCAAAGAAGAUUUUUGCCGCGGUUGGAAGCUGUGGAGGAACAGGUUGCACAGGAGGCAGGCUCCUAUGGGAUUGCUGGCAAGGAUGCCAGUGGACAAUCGGUGCAGCGUGCAGAAGACCCUGUGAGUCAAGAGGUGGGCAGUGGUGAAGGGCAGGAGAAGGAGGCAUCUGUUGGGCGCGUUGCUCAUCUGGGUGUGACAGCAUCUGGGAAUGAUCUACGUUCCAGGGAUGUUCAUACUUCUUGCAGGGAUGCAAGCCGAAAUGGUGGCAACAUUGACGGAAGUGGUGGGUUUUCAGGAUCCUGCACUGCAGCACCUGUGCCGGUAGAUGGCAUGAAUGUGCAAUCCAGCAAUGAUGCCAAACAGCUCUUUAGGAACAAGGAUAAUGUCAGGGACCAGAAUGCCAGUUGGACACGUGUUGGGAAUGCAACAUGCCAGCGAUCUACCAAUGUUGCAGCAGCUGACGAAGGCAAGGCAGAUAGCUGCAGAAGUAAGCCGGAUAGUAAGGAUGUUGCAGUCGCUGACAAAGAGCCAAGACGGAUGCCAAUGGCACCAAUGCAGACAAAUGCCAGCCAGGCAAAUUGCUGUCCACAGGAAGAUGCAGGAGGUCAAGGACCGUGGACAAAGCCUGGAAGUCCCAAGCCUUCUGGAUCAGUCCAGCAGCCCUCAAAAGGGCAAGCUCCCCAACCCUUGGAGCCUGUGGUCCUGAAAAGUGCUGGGGUGGUUCAACUUUCCAUCGAAAACACCGUGGAAAUGGGACCGGUGCCAGAGGACGGCAGGGUUGUGUACAUCAAGGGGAGGAAGUACCACAAGCUGGAGCUCAUAGGGAGAGGGGGUUUCAGCAAGGUGUAUAAGGUGCUUGACCCUCAAAACCACAUGAUAUAUGCCCUGAAGCGCUGUUCCAUGGACGCACGUGACAAGGAAACUGUGCGGGGCAUCCUGGAGGAGGUGGAGCUAUUGAGGCAUCUGGCGAGGGAGCCACAGAUCGUGCAGCUGAUCGACUACCAGUACUACAAACAAGCUGGGGUGGUGUACAUGCUGCAAGAGCUGGGUGAAAUCGACCUGACGGGCCUGCUUCACAAUCGAGGGAUUCUCAGGCAAGCCAAGGGUGCUACAGAGCCAGAUUGGAACUUCAUACGGUCGCUGCUGGAGCAGAUGGCUGAGGCCGUGGUGACCAUUCAUGGGGCACGCAUAGUGCACUCAGAUCUGAAGCCUGCCAACUUCCUUAUGGUCAAGGGAGCCCUCAAGCUGAUCGACUUUGGCAUAGCAAGGAAAAUGGAGGAACAGACUACUUGCAUUCACAGAGAGCAGCAGAUCGGCACUCUUGACUACAUGGCACCCGAAACACUGUUGCCUGGUGCAAAGGUUGGAAGGCCGUCAGACGUUUGGAGCCUUGGGUGCAUCCUUUACCAGAUGGUGUACUCAAAGAAGCCCUUUCAGCACAUUUCGAACGUUUACACAAAGGUGAAAGCGAUCACAGAUCCCAAAUACGAAAUUGAGUACCCCGAGUGUGGGAAUGAGGAAGUUGUCCGGCUGAUGCAGCGGUGCUUGCAUUACCAUGCUGCAGACAGGAUCACCCUCAAAGAAGUGCUUGGGCAUCCAUUUGUGAAGGGCCGCUAG